GGAAGCAGCUCAAACGCCUGCGAAAGCAAAAGUUCAGUCCUCUCUGAUGUUGUCGCAUAAAUGCGGUUAAAACGUUAUUAUAUAUGCAAGCGGUUAAAAACACAGCACCGUUAGGUCACAGUGUUUUCUGAGGAUGGCUUUCAGUUUGUUUCGUGUUGCCGUGCCGCUUUGUUUGGCGGUUUUAUCGGUUGCCGUCGCCAUCAUUUGGCAAAAUCAGGCGAUGCCGCGUCCUCUGCCCGCUGCCCUCGGUGUGGUCUCUCUGGCCGGGAUGGCGCUGCUCUGGAGGGACAUGAGCUCCAAGAUGAGAGGUGAGAAGCGGACCCUGAGCAGUCUGCUCAGUCAGUAUCUGGCCGUGAAAGGUGUGGGCUGGCUGGGCAGGCGGCAGAGGAGGAAACUUGAAGCCGAUACUCUGAAUGUGAAGCAGGUCCAGGAGGAGACGCUGCUGAAGCGCCUGAGUAAAAACGCAAACACAUGUUAUGGAAGACAGUACGACUUCAACUCCAUUAAAGACAGCGGCAGCUUCCGGGCGCGUCACCCCAUCACCACAUAUGAGCACUAUCGUGAGCUCAUCAGUCGCAUCGCUGCAGGAGAGGAGAAGGUGAUCAUUGCUGAGAAGCCGCUGAUCCUGGCCAUGACCUCUGGGACCUCAGGAGCCAGCGCCAUGCUGCUCAGCACCAAGGACACCAACACUGAGUUCUUCCUGCAGGGAGUGACCGUGUGUUUGGAUGCCAUGGGAAGAGCAUUUCCUGAGACCGACAGCCUCCAGCGCACCACCAAGUUCUUCUACUCGCCUACUUUUCGCCAGUCUGAGGCCGGGAUUCCCAUCGGACCAAACUCCUCCACACCAGCCUCCUCACGCCACAUGCUCAACCUCUACACCACCCCAGCACCCGCCUUUGAGGUCCCUAGUGAGAAGGACACCCUCUACCUGCACCUCCUGUUCGCUCUCAAAGACCCCAGUGUGGGAACGCUGGAGUCCAACUUUGCGUCCACAGUCUUCUAUGCUUUCAGUGCUUUACAGGAUCGCUGGCAGGAGCUCGUGGAGGACAUUGAACGAGGGAAGGUCAGCAGCGCUCUGGCUCUGGAGCCCAAAGUGAGGUCCAGACUCGAGGCUCUGAUUAAGCCGGACCCAGAGAGGGCCACUCAGCUCCGGGCCCACUUCCAGGACGGCUUCCGUGGGAUUGCCAAGCGUGUGUGGCCUCAUCUUCACCUGGUGCUGGCAGUGGACUCAGGCUCCAAUCAGAUCUAUGGGGAAAUGUUGAGGGAGAACUACUGCCAGGGAGUGCCUUUCUAUUCACCUUUCUACGCUGCGACUGAAGGUUUAAUAGGGGUGAACCUUUGGCCCCAGGAGCCAAACAGACGCUAUCUGCUGUGUCCUCGUUCGAUGUUCUGCGAGUUCCUGCCGGAGAGCAGCCUGGAGGAGGAGACGCCUCAAACGGUGCUGAUGGAGGAGGUGAAGGAGGGACAAAACUAUGAGCUCGUUAUCACAAACGCUUCAGGACUCUUCAGAUAUCGCAUCGGAGACAUUGUGAAAGUAGUUGGGUUCCACAACCAGUGUCCCAUCGUUGAGUUUCAGUACAGACGGGGUCAGAUGUUGAGCGUCCGAGGGGAGAAAGUGUCUGAGGCGUUGUUCCUCGCUUCUCUGAAGAAAGCUGUUGCUCAGUGGCCGGGAGCUCAGCUGGUCGACUACUGCUGCGCUGAGAGUGGUAUCAUGGGAGACUCGAUAGGCGGCUCUGAUCCUCAUUACCAGGUCUUCAUAGAGCUGAAAGGUGUGAGAAACCUCACAGAGGAACAGCGAUACAAGCUGGACAUUUGUCUCCAGCAGGACUCGGCUGUCUACAAGUCUUUUCGUAUCAAAGGCAGCAUCGGACCAAUGAGGGUGCAGCUGGUGGCGGAGGGUGCGUUUGGAGAGCUCCGCAAGGACAUGAUGGCUUUCUCGAACACCUCACCCAACACCUUCAAAAUGCACCGAGUGCUGCGCAGGAAAGAGUACGCUGACUUCCUGUUGGGAAAAACCAUCUCCUGAAACGUCUUGUUGUUGUGGAGACAAAGCUUGUGGACUGUGGUGAGCGCUGUCUGAGUGAAAUGACUCCAGUUUUUUUAACAUUUGCUCAUUAACGAGUUGAUUUAUUGUGCCUUUGGGAACUCAUGAACACAAAAACACAUCUUUUCAUUUUUGACAUUUAAAAAUGUUAAUUUGAUUGAUUAAUUCCUUCAGCUGUAUUUAUAAUUUUAUUAAACUCUAAAUAUUGCUUAAUGAAA